GCGCUUUGUGUAUUAUAAGUGACCCGGAUUAAUACAGCCAGCAGCUAAAGCUUCCCGGAAGAGAGAUGGCGGCUGCUGCUUCUUUCCAGUCCAGGACGUUGCACAGUCCAUUAUCUAAAGGAGCCAGCAGUAAAGAUGCCUUCUCCUCCACGUCUUACACCUCAUACCCCAGAGGGGACCCGUCCGACCUGCAGUGCCCUCCCAGCCGGCUGCCACUCGCCUAUCCGGAGAGCAACGGCAGAGCUAUAAUGUCAGCCUUAAGGAACCUCCAGGAGAAGAUCCGACAGCUGGAACUAGAGAGGAUAAAAGCUGAGGAUAACCUCCGACUCCUGUCCAAGGAGUCCACGGACUACAAGCAUCAGCUGGAAACACAGACCCAGUCCACGGACCAUGUCAAAGAUGAUAUGUCCAGGCAGAACAGAGAUCUCUCCAGACAGUUGUCAGCAGCAAAAUCUCGGUGCGGCCUUUUGGAAAAGCAGCUGGAAUACAUGAAGAAAAUGGUGCAAAAUGCGGAAACGGAGAGGAAUUCUGUUCUGGCCAAACAGGUAUCACUCGAAGGAGACCAAGCACUUGAAAAAUCUAACUUGCAAGCCAAGCUGGAAAAGUUGGACAAGCUAGAACAAGAAUACCUGAAGCUGACCACCAUGCAAGUGCUGGCGGAGAAUAAAAUCCGUGAUAUAGAGCAGAAGCUGCGAGAAGAGGAACAUCAGCGGAAACUAGUCCAAGAGAAGGCCGCUCAGCUGCAGACGGGUCUAGAGACAAAUCGCAUUCUGCUCAAGUCUUUGACUCCUCCUACAAAGCAGGUGAAGAUAAAGAGGCGCGCGUCACACGGAGAGAAGUUUCAGAAGGCCGACCAUGAGAGCUGCAGCCAUACACAGCCUCACUACAGGCUGAGCCUGGGAGAUGUGCCUUUUGUUGCUGGAAAGUCCACCGCUCCCAGUCACUCUGUGCGGGCCAAUGUCCAACAUGUCCUUCAUCUGAUGAAGCAGCACCAUAAGGUCUUCUGCAAUGACCGGGUUGUGAGCGAUCAGCCUUUAGAACAGAAAGAGAGCAGUGUCCGGUGGACUGAUCAUUUUGUGCCGUCCUCUUCAUCCUACCGGGAGCUAUCGGAGGUUCUGCUCACAUUGGAAGAUGAGUUUGGGCAGAUGAGUUUUGAUCACCAGGAAUUGGUGAAGCAGAUUAAUGAAGCACAUUCCGACCGUCUCAGGGAAGAUCUAGAAGAAGAACUGGAGGCUUUAGUGAGGAGAAUGGAGGCAAAAGCUGACCAGAUAACUAAAGUACGCAAGCACCAAGCCAUGCUUGGGAAAUUAUUAAAGGAAUCAAGGAUGAAAAAGAAAGCGUCUUGUGAAUCCUCCAAAACCAUUCAUAGCGGCAAAGACCAACCAGCUUCCAAACAUGACCCCAACAGAACGAGUCCGGGGGAGAAGAGCAAGAAGAGUCUACAGCUACUGAGAGAGAUGCAGACCCUGCGGGGCUCGCUACAGAGGGACGACGUACACUGGGAGUAACCUAUGGCUCUUACUGGGAACCACUCAGGGAUAGUGACUGUCCGCAGCUGCCCCACCCCCGCCCCGGAUAUCUCACCAGUGUCCGUUCAAUAAGAGAAAAGGGGCCGGCAGAAUAAAACACUUCUUUCUGAUGUCCUGCAGGUGGCGCUCAUACUGAAUGUACCUUAUUUAUUAUAAAGCUUGUGACUCGUUUUGGGUAGCAUUUGAAGUCUUAAGGGUUGAUGAGGAGAAUGCUAUUGCACUGCAUACAACCUAGUUAGGAGGUAAGUGCUGGUAGGUAGGUGCUUGGUCAAGGUCUGGCAUGUCCAGAGCUGCAGUUCUGCAACCAAAGGGGUUGUCCAUGGUUAGAACACAAUGCUGUUUUUCUUCCUUUUCACAGGUUUCGUGCAAUACUAGACACAACCUGAGGACAGGGCUGACAACUUCUGGCUAAAUGCUGGCGGGUGAAGACAGUAGCAAGUUGUCACUCAUUCAUGUUCCUGGACACUUAAAGGGGUUAUCCCAUGAUUUUAAAGGGGUUGUCCAGGUUCAGAUCUAAACCCGGACAUAUCCCCCUUUUCACCCCUCAGACAUGAGUAUCGGAGCAUUUUAUGCUCCGAUGCUCUCCCAAUUUGCGUGAGAUACGUUAACGUACCAGGCUCUCCAUGGGCAUGCUAGACGGAGUCUACCGCCUAGUAGUGAGCAUCGGCACAACUACUUUAAUGUAAACAAUAAAAAUCGUAUAGUACAUGUCGACAUCUUUCUAAAAAAAACUUAGAACCAGCCCUGUACCUCGCAUGGAUCCAGAGAUCUCCCCAUUCACUGCUCCAGUUUACUCUGCUAGAUUUAGUUUAAGAUGGCAGCACUGGGGGGUGUGCACUUUCUCAGGGAGUGUGUCCUUUCUGCUGCAGCUGAAAGAUGGAACUGAGCAUGUGCGUCCAUCUCAAUGAGCAGGACAGAGAAAGUAAAAAAAGAACAGACAGCAGGUGGCGCUGUACAGAGAGCUGGUCAGAUAUUCACUAAAAUCUGAAACGUUUAGGUCCAGGUGCUGGUUUGAAAAUUGUACAAUAUCUUUGUGGGACAACCCCUUUAAAAGGAAGUUGUGUUGGGGAGAGCAGUUAUACAGAGAGAGGAAUCUUCCCAACCUAUUGGCAGCUUGUAGAGAGAAUGUGUGUCAUUAGAGUGUCAGCUCAGUUGCCUUAUGUACUUGUUUGUGCAUCCAGCAGCCUGUUUUGCCUUCGGCCCUUAUAUAACCAGUAUGGAGAUAGGCUGCCAACAGAGGAGUCUCUAGUGAUGGCCUUUUCAGACUCUGGACUCGCAGCGUGAGUAUGCAGCAGCUCCCGUCCUGACCUCCCAGCACUACCGGGGUCGCAUAGCAUUAU